CCCGGGAUUCAGCAAGAAGCGGUGUAUCUGUCCUGCUGUCUAAUGCGAGUCGGGAAAAUGCUGGUAGCUUUCGCCAGGGCAUCAGAAGAAUCUUCCGAGGCUCGUGGGCGUGCGAUCCUGUUGGGAGCUGAAACGCAGAAAGCCUACACCGUUUGACAAGGGCACUAAAGGGCUCUUGAGAUGGAACCCAUACCAUCUUCAGGAGGCUAGGCUGAAAGGGCUUUCGGAUGCUCAAGCUCGUUUUCCGGCUAGCGUGGAACCGUAGGUCUAUGAAUGACGUGCUGGCUUCCCCCAGCAGGGAUCGGCAGCGCUGGUUACGUGCUUGUUAAGUAGAUAAGCGAUCAUAAACUCGACUUCCAUUGGAGAAGAAAGGCCUACAGGAUAGGGGUGUCCUUAAAAAGUGUCAUAUUUACGUUUGAGUCGGGAAUUUGAGUCGGGAAGGGCCAACGUAGCCUCUCAGACCAGAAACUACAAUAGAUGAGAUAGUGUAUACCUGAAAGUGGACCCCGUAAACUGAGUACUGAAAGAAAAAUUCUUUGUUUUGGGUAUGAAGGGCACCCCUCCCUUCAACUUCCUGUUUGUGCACAGGCAGUUCCCCUCACCCAAAUGAAAUUCCUCUCUUCUCUGUCAGGGUUCUGAGCGUGUAUCAGUUACGGCUCUCUGCACUCUUCAGCCUAAAUCCUACAUUAGGAAUGUCAUGUCGGGCAGUUAACACAGUGACCAGAAGCUUAAGAAAAAGGUUCCCUGUGUUUUAAAGGGCUCCAUUGUCCCCUUGGAGGAGAUAUCCCCUGCUUGCUGGUCAGAGGAACAACCUGGCCAGUCAGACCCUGUGCCUAGCCACCUUGCACCUAGCCUAACAGCUGCCCCGAGGCCAAACGGCUCCUGGAGGAGGCCUUGAUUUGCUGUUGCCUGUCUAUGAAACAUAGCACGCUUAAGGGCAGUGCAGACGCAAACCAAGAUAAUGUGGCUGUACAUACUUUCUGGCUGCUUGAAUGCCGUGGUAUGUGGGCUCUUGAUUCUCCUCUUCCCAGCGCAGGACGAAACUUUUGCAGGGGACAGGGACCUCAGGAAGAAUUGCACCGUUGUGUAGAGUCAGAGGCCCAUACUGAGGGUGAGGAGGCACCAAUGGAAAGGAGCUGGCAGGAGGCAAAUGACUGUGGGAAUAGUGUACCCACCCAAUAAACUUCCAACUAGAUGGCCAUGGCCUCUUGAAGCAUUAGGACCGUCAGACAUUUCUGAGGACACCCAACACAGGAUCCAGUCCAGCAUAAGGAGCUCUGAGGAGUGCUGAACUUGAAGGCCAGGACUCAUCUAGCCCUAUCAGGAACACAUACUCUGGACAGGUGCAAGGUAGCCUUGUCCACUUGGAGGGCAUCAACGUGGGAGUCCACACUUUCCUGGGAAUUCCCUUUGCCAAGCCACCUGUAGGACCUCUGCGGUUUGCACCACCUGAGCCUCCUGAACCAUGGAGUGGUGUGAGGGAUGGGACUUCUCAUCCAGCCAUGUGUCCACAGAAUGCUACUGUAAUGGGAGAAUUAGCUGAGUCCCUGUUCAAAAGCUCCCCGCCUCUUCUUUCUAUGUCUGAAGACUGCCUCUACCUCAGCAUCUACUCACCUGCUCAUGCCUCUGAGGGCUCCAAUCUGCCUGUGAUGGUAUGGAUCCAUGGUGGUGGACUGAUUAUUGGUAUGGCUUCCUUGUAUGAUGGAUCGAAGUUGGCAGCCCUUGAGGAUGUGGUGGUGGUUACUAUCCAGUACCGUCUGGGUGUCCUGGGUUACUUCAGCACGGGAGACCAGCAUGCCAGAGGCAACUGGGGUUACCUGGAUCAAGUGGCUGCCCUACGCUGGGUCCAGCAGAACAUCGCCCACUUUGGAGGCAACCCUGACAGGGUCACCAUUUUUGGCGAGUCAGCAGGUGGCAUAAGUGUGUCUUCACAUGUUGUGUCCCCCAUGUCCCAAGGACUCUUCCAUGGUGCCAUCAUGGAGAGUGGGGUGGCCACAUUUCCUGGCUUCACCUCCCACUCUGCUGAGGUCAUCAACACAGUGGUGGCCAACCUGUCAGGAUGUGAGCAGAUGGACUCAGAGGCCCUAGUGGGCUGCCUGAGAGGCAAGAGUGAAGAGGAGAUUCUGGAUAUCACCAAGGUUUUUAUGUUUAUGCCUGGUGUGGUGGAUGGGGAGUUCUUACCCAGGCAUCCUGAGGAGCUGUUGGCCUCUGCUGAUCUUCGACCUGUCCCUAGCAUCAUUGGUUUCAACAAUGAUGAGUAUAGCUGGGACGUCCCAAAGUACUUGAACAACCUUGAUACUGGGGGAAAAAUGGACAGAGAGACCAUACAGGCUGUUCUACAGAGAACACAAACACAAAUGAUGCUGCCUCCUGCUAUUGCUGACUUACUGGUAGAGGAGUACUUGGGAGAUACUGAAGACUCCGAGACUGUCCGAGUACAGUUCCAGGAGAUGAUGGAGGACUUCAUGUUUGUGAUCCCUGCCUUGCAAGUAGCACGUGCUCAGAGUUCCCAUGCCCCUGUCUACCUCUAUGAGUUCCAGCAUCCGCCCAACAUCCUCAAAGAUGUCAGGCCACCCCAUGUGAAGGCUGACCAUGGUGAUGAGAUUUUCUUUGUCUUUGGAUCCUCUUUCUGGGGCAGCAAAUUUGAAUUCACUGAGGAGGAGGAGCUGCUGAGCAGGAGGAUAAUGAAGUACUGGGCCAACUUUGCACGUCACGGGAACCCCAACAGUGUGGACUUGCCCCACUGGCCUGUGUUCAACCAGGAUGAACAGUACCUGCAGCUGGACAUCCAGCCUGCUGUGGGCAAUGCUCUGAAGGCCAACAGGAUGCAGUUCUGGAUGAAGACCCUGCCCCUGAAGAUCCAGGAGCUGAAGGACGUUGAGAACAAGCACACGGAGCUGUAGCUUGUUAUAUCCAAUAAUGGAGUGUCCUGCAUGGAAUUGGAGUCAAGUUAAGGUGCCCCUACACUCAGAAAAGAAGGAUGACCCCAUAUUUCAUGUAUCCAUGCAUCCCUCUUUAUGUAUUUAUCCCACUAACACUCAUGCAUGUCACUUAUACCAUGGGUAUGAGCCUGGGUCCUGUGUUGUUUCACAUAUGUAAUAAAUUUCUUUAUGACUGUG